AGAAAUAGAGCCUAAGUGAUGGAUAAUCAAGACAAGGGAGGAGGUAAAGGAGGAGGAGGAGGAGGGCAGACAAAAGACAAACAGAAAGCUGAGGAUGUCGACGAUGUAGAAAAAAAGACUAAAGACAAGCAAAACAAGUUGGAGAAGGAGAGCAAUGGAGAGGUAAAGAAACACAACCGUCGUCACAUGAGGAACGGCUGGGCUGUGAAGGAACGUCUGGUCAUCAACGUGUCGGGGAUGCGUUAUGAGACCCAGCUCCGCACCCUCGCCCAGUUCCCGGACUCCCUGCUGGGUGACCCCCUGCGUCGCAGUCGCUACUUUGACCCUACACGGAAUGAACUCUUCCUGGAUAGAAGCCGUGUCUGCUUCGACGCCAUCCUGUACUUCUACCAGUCAGGCGGGAGGCUACGGAGGCCUGCCAACGUCCCUCUGGACAUGUUCCUGGAGGAGCUGCGCUUCUAUGAGCUCGGAGAAGAGAUCAUCGACCACUACAAAGCGGAUGAAGGAUUCCCCAAAGAGGAGGAGAGGCCCUUACCCACCAAUGAAUUGCAGCGUCGCCUCUGGAUGCUGUUUGAGUAUCCGGAGUCCUCCAGUGGAGCUCGGAUCAUCGCCAUCAUCAGUGUCAUGGUCAUUGUGAUCUCCAUUCUUAUCUUCUGCCUGGAGACUCUGCCUGAGUUCAGGUUGGAGAAGGAACAGAGGGAGCAAUCCGCCACCAUACCUCACCCCACUAUAGCCAACGAAACCAUCUCGGUCCCACCUGGCAUGACUACCUUCCAGGAUCCCUUCUUCAUCGUAGAGACGGUCUGCAUCAUCUGGUUCUCCUUUGAGCUCAUCGUGCGCUUCACCUGUGCUCCGAGCAAGGUGCACUUUUUCAAAGACGUCAUGAACACCAUCGACUUCUUCGCCAUCAUUCCCUAUUUUGUCACCCUGGGCACGGAGCUGACCAAGGACAAAGAUGCGCAGCCGUCCGUGUCUCUGGCACUCAUCAGGGUCAUCAGGCUGGUGAGGGUCUUCAGGAUCUUCAAGCUCUCUCGUCACUCCAAGGGCCUCCAGAUCCUGGGCCAGACGCUGAAGGCCAGCCUCAGAGAGCUGGCCCUGCUCAUCUUCUUCCUCUUCAUUGGAGUCAUACUCUUUUCUAGUGCCGUCUACUUUGCAGAGGUGGACAGUCCUAACACGUCGUUCACCAGCAUCCCUGAGGCAUUCUGGUGGGCUGUGGUAUCCAUGACAACAGUCGGCUAUGGGGACAUGUACCCGGAGACGGUCGGGGGGAAGCUGGUGGGCUCCAUGUGCGCCAUCGCCGGCGUGCUCACCAUUUCUCUGCCCGUGCCUGUCAUUGUGUCCAACUUCAGCUAUUUCUACCACCGUGAGAUGGAGUGUGAGGACACGACAGAGUACAACCACGUCGCCACAUCGCUCUGGGACAAAGAGGACGAUGAAGAGGGGGAAGAUGAGGAAGGAGAUGACGAGGGGCAUGAACACAUGGGAGAUUAUGUGCCCUUGUAUGGGCAGGACAGCAGGGGUAUCUGCCCACCGCUCAAUGGGACUAUCCUGGCAGGGCUUUGUGCCGGACAGGAAGCUGGUCAUCAGAGAGGGAUAAACUUUUACCUCAAAGAACCUCUGGUCACUCAGGUUUGACAGAGAGCAGGGCAGACAUUUAAUGCUGCCUCACUUCAAGAAGAAGAGAGUG